AUCAUGAAAGGGGUCAUGGCAAUGGCUUUGCAGAAGGUUGAGGAGUACACUAAAGAUGGCAUGAACUGGAAAACCGAUAACUGGCAACAAAAUGAUGGUGUGAAGAAUGGAUAUCAUAACGAGUUUAAACACGAGAAUAGAGGAUGGAAUUCUACUUCUGGAGGACAAACUUCUUCUGUUGGCAAUAAUAAUUCUUAUAACUCAAGUUCUUGGGAUGAUUGGGACAUGAAAGACAACAGGAAGGUAGAUAAUAAUAUAAAAGUGACUGCCUCUCGUAGCAAUGAUGGUUGGGCUGGCUGGGAUGAUUCGAAGGAUGAUGGAUAUGAUCACUUAUAUAACGGCAGUUCAUCUGAUAGAAAGGCUGUUGGUCACAACGGAAAAUCAGAUUCCGCAUGGACUGGUGGAGGCUUCCUUUAAGGUUGAAUUUUAAAUGUUCUUUGCAGAUAUCAGAAUUCUUACUUGCCCGGAAAAGGUAACUAGUACACAAUUUAUUCCAACUGGGAACAGAGCAUGCAGGGGAUGGAUAGAACUUUAUUCUACCAUAGUGCGGUUGCUAA